CGCACGUGCAGUGAAAACAAGAGUAGGAAGCGCCGCUGGGCUCAAUCACGCUAUCCACACUGAAAUACAAAGUCUUUUUACAGUGACCGUUCGAUUGAAAGACACGUCAGAGAUCCAUGUGAAUUCAUGUUUCAACGGCCGAGAUGAGAUCAGUGUUACAGAGAGUAACUGGAGAAAGAUGAAGGCUACGGAGGAAUUGAAAGCGCAAGCGGAGGAAAACGACGUCGCCGUUCUGAGUGACGAAGAUGAAUAUCACUCUCAGGACGAAGUAGAUGAUGGAGACGACGACGAAGAUGAUGAAGACUACGAAGAAGAUGAUGACGUCGACGAUGAUGACGAGGUGGAGGAGGAGGAGGAGGAUGAUGAAGAUGCUCCUGACGGCGGUGAUGACGACGAAGAGGACGAUGACGAAGGAGGAGGUGGUGACAUUCAGCGCGGCGGUGAUCCUGACGACGACGACGAUGAUGAAGACAACGACGACGACGAUGAGGAGGAGGAGGAGGAGGAGGAGGAACAACAACAACGGAAAGAGGGGGAUUUGGGAACUGAAUACCUUGUCCGCCCAGCAGGUCCUGGUGAGGAGGAAGAUGCAUCCAGUGAUUUUGAUCCAGAUCAGAAUGGCCGCCAUGAUGAGGAUGAGGAUGUUGAGAAGGACAAUGUUCCAUCAAAAAGAAAGAGGUCAGACAAAGAUGACGACGAAGACGAUGACGACGGGGAUGGAGGAGAAGACGAUGAGAGACCCUCUAAGCGAUAGAGUUUGGUUGGUUCAACAUAAUAUCACCAUGUGUUUAACAUAUAUCUCGCAAAAAGAAAGUAUAAAUAGGUACAUGGAAUUGUUUCUUGCUCAUUUGUAUUGUCAUGGCGCAGCAACGUUAUUAGGCCUUUUUUACUAGUUUGGUCGGUUCGUUGUCAAUAAUGGGUUAUGGUGCAGCAGAUGGUAGAUAAUGUUAUAAUGUGCAUUCCACCUCUUGAUUUUGCUUCUAUGUCCUCGCGCUUAAUUAUCAUGUUUUACUUGCAAUAUAUCCGGGAUUUGUUUGAGUAA